UCGGUUCCUAAUCACUUAAUAUAUAGCUAUCAUUUGGUAGCAUAUUAUUAACCAAGAUAAUUGAUAAUAAGAUAAAUAAUACUUCAAAACUCAUCCUUGUCCAUCUCCAAGGAGGUAUAUUCCACAUCCACCAUGAAGGGUGAUCAAGAACUACAAGUCAUCGUUCAGCAGGGAAAAGAACCAAACCCAACAGUUCAAGAUGGAAGAAACUCGGUCGGUAGCAACCACACAAACAUAUACAAACGGUGGCUCAGGGUGAUUAUCUACACAUUCUUUGUCAUUUCAGGACAAUCUGUUGCUACAAUUCUAGGCAGACUAUACUAUGACAAUGGAGGAAACAGCAAAUGGCUAGCAACAGUAGUUCAACUUGUAGGCUUUCCUGUUCUGCUUCCAUAUUAUCUAUUUUCAAUCAAAACACACACAACAACUCAUAGAGAUGAUGACAAAGCAGCCUCACAUAGGAACCGUGUCUUAGUUUACUUAGCUCUUGGGGUUCUUGUAGGAGGAGAUUGCUACCUUUACUCCAUUGGACUACUUUACCUACCCGUUUCUACCUUUUCUCUGAUCUGUGCAUCUCAGUUAGCCUUCAACGCUUUCUUCUCUUAUUUCCUCAACUCACAAAAACUCACUCCAAUCAUUUUGAACUCUCUUUUGCUCCUAACUAUCUCUUCCACACUCCUAGCCUUCAAUAAUGAGGAAUCAAAUUUUAAAAAAGUAACAAGAGUACAGUAUGUCACAAGUUUCAUAUGCACCAUUGGUGCUUCUGCCGGAUUUGGUCUAGUCUUAUCAUUACAACAGGUAGCCUUCCGUAAAGUGCUAAAGAGGCAAACAUUCUCAGAAGUUAUGGAUAUGAUCAUCUACGUGAGUCUAGUGGCCAGUUGUGUUAGCUUGGUGGGGCUUUUCUCCAGCGGAGAGUGGAAAAAUUUGAGCAGUGAAAUGGAUCGCUACAAGCUUGGAAAGGUGUCGUACGUUAUGAACCUAGUGUGGACGGCUGUUAUCUGGCAGGUAUUCAACAUUGGUGGCACGGGGCUGAUCUUUGAGCUUUCCUCUCUGUUCUCAAAUGCUAUAAGCGCUUUGGGACUGCCUGUGGUUCCUGUACUGGCUGUCAUCAUUUUCCAUGACAAAAUGAAUGGGUUGAAGGUGAUUUCUAUGAUCUUAGCUAUUUGGGGUUUCAUGUCAUAUGUCUACCAACACUAUCUUGAUGAUAAAAACUUGAAGAAAAGUAUUGGAAUCCCAACAACUGGAUCCUCUGACUCACCAGAAGCAAAAGGGUCAGGUGGGCAAAAGAUACAGACUUCAGCCUAGUUUAAACAUAAUAUAUUUGGGAGGCAACUCAAGUGAAGUCUGAGCGUGAUUUUUUUCCCUAUUUGCAUCAUUGUAAUAGUUGGUAGGCCUGGGUUAAACUAAAUAAUUAUAUAUUUUAAUGUAGUUUUAAAGAAGACUACCCAAAUAAGAUUAGCUCAGUAUAAAAUUUUGUGGGUAGACGAUCU